AUGUCGACCCUAGAAAGAAAAGAGUACCACGAAACAAGGAUGAUGCGUAGCAGAUCACCAACGAGAAGAUCCAACCAGAAUUUGGCCCAAUUUGAUUCAAAUUUAGAUAAUCUAUUGGAAGACUUACAAAACUCAGUUUCACGCCCAGGAAGUUCUCUGAGCCACAACUUCAAAGAAACCGGUUAUGGAAAAAGCAUCAAUGUCAAAGCUUCCAAUCCAGUUACAGAAUAUUCUUCAGAUGACGCCUACAAUUACACAUCUCCCGAUGGAAGAGAAAAGGUGCACGGAUAUAAAAAGGAAAAAUACAUUUAUGGUAAAACUACCAUGGAAAGAGAUGUUGAGCCUGAAAGGGCAAGGAUGCAAAAUAGCAUCAACCAAUUAGAUUCACUUUUGGAUGAUUUGCAACAAGUGAAAAAAUCAUCUUAUUCAUCAGAAUCUUCUCAAAGAAACGUUAACAGAGAACUCCGUUAUGGAAACACGCCACCCUCUACUAAAACCAUAGAGAAAAGCCUCUACAACGAAGGCACUUAUGGAGCAAUCCGCUCAACAUCCCCAACCCCUUCGUCCAAAACCUCCACCCUCAACAAACAAACAAAAGUCCUAAACGUCCACGAAUACCCGAUAAGAGUAGUCGAAACUCCAGUUCCUGACAUCGAUCCGGAAGUUUUGGCUCAUCUGGAUCCCAAUCUACAUCCAGCUGGUAACACCAAAGUUACUACAACAAUUAAAACCUACACGUACGAGAUUCCCGGGUCUGGGAAUUAUCCUACGCAAGUGAGAGAGGAUACCAGUGUCAAUGAGCAGUAUUUGGAUAAAAGGGAGAAGAAGUACGUUUAUAAUCCUGAUGAGACUAUUACGACGCCUAGUAAAAGUUUCGUUUAUAAUAAGACAGAAAAUAAAGAAAAUUACUACCAACAACAACAACAACAACACCAACAACCAGGCUGGAAAGAUUCCCUAGUAAAACAAUCCUACAAAGAAACAAUCCAAGACGACUUGAUUCAAUACCCGCCCUACCAAAAACCAACCCCACCCGGAGGCCACACAACCCUCAAAGAAGAAGUUACAACCAUCAGGAACUAUCAACCGGGCUACCAACCUGAACCAAAUCCACCAAGCCGCAACCAAACUUAUAUGUACAACGAGUCCACUACAACCAAGAACAUCCACAAUGCUUAUCCACCUCCACCACCUCCCCCAGAAACCAGAGAGUAUAUAAUCAACAAGGAAACUAAUGUGGUUAAUAGGACGCAACAGACUCCUAUGGCGGAUAGAGGAUAUCCAGUUUAUAAUCCACCUACUACUGAUUCGAAAAGUUACAUACUAAAAGAAACUCAUACGACUAACUAUCAAAACGGGUACCCGCACAGGCACCAGUCACCUCCUAGAGAAGUGGAAACUUUUUACGGGCAACCACAGGAACCAAUUAAUAUCCAAUAUUCUUACAAGAGUACUAAUACAACUGAGAAUAGAUUCAAAGGUGGCCAUCCAGAAAGCCAGACCUUACUCCCUCGCAAAUUCCCAACUACAGACCAUCCCGAUGGCCCUCCAAAACGCAUCGACGAUUUAAUGGCUUCCAUAGGGCACGAACCCCCAAACAGCCCUUUAAAUGCUGGAUUCAAUGCCCAUGAGCAAGAUUUGGCAAAUAAAAGAGUCGUGCAAACUCUAAAUAAGCAGCAAAAUACUGAAGUUGACGAUAUGCAGAAAAAGGAGCAGCCUACUAAGAAUGUGAGUGGGCCGCCAGUGUAUUAUCCUCCUGGGCAUGAAAUGUUUUCUAAAAAAGAAGAAGAAGGUGGUGGUGGUUGGAGGGCUCAAGGUGGUUACGCUAAAGGGUCAGGCAAAUACAUGUAUGAAGCUGAAAGUGGUUCCAAAACGAAAACUAAAAAAGGCAUGGCCGUAGUGCCUGUUUGCUUACCUUUAUGCUGCGGCUUACCUUGUACAAUUAUUUAG